AUGCAGAAGCUGAGCUGCCCCCUCCUUUCUGCAGGGCUGCUGUCCCAGAGCCUCGAGUUCAACUCUCCCGCGGACAACUACACUGUGUGCGAAGGCGACAAUGCCACCCUCAGCUGCUUCAUUGACGAGCAUGUGACCCGCGUGGCCUGGCUGAACCGCUCCAACAUCCUGUAUGCUGGCAAUGACCGCUGGACCAGCGACCCGCGGGUGCGGCUGCUCAUCAACACCCCUGAGGAGUUCUCCAUCCUCAUCACCCAGGUGGGGCUUGGCGAUGAGGGCCUCUACACCUGCUCCUUCCAGACCCGCCACCAGCCGUACACCACUCAGGUCUACCUCAUUGUCCACGUCCCUGCUCGUAUAGUGAACAUCUCCUCUCCAGUGACAGUGAAUGAAGGGGGCAAUGUGAACCUGCUUUGCCUGGCCGUGGGGCGGCCAGAGCCCACAGUCACCUGGAGGCAGCUCCGAGAUGGCUUCACCUCCGAAGGCGAGAUCCUUGAGAUUUCCGACAUCCAGCGGGGCCAGGCCGGGGAAUACGAGUGCGUGACACACAACGGGGUUAACUCAGCGCCCGACAGCCGCCGCGUGCUGGUUACAGUCAACUAUCCUCCGACCAUCACGGACGUGACCAGCGCCCGCACGGCUCUGGGCCGGGCCGCCCUUCUGCGCUGCGAAGCCAUGGCGGUGCCCCCUGCGGACUUCCAGUGGUACAAGGAUGACAGACUGCUGAGCAGCGGCUCCGCCGAGGGCCUGAAGGUGCAGACAGAACGCACGCGCUCCAUGCUCCUCUUCGCCAACGUGGGCGCCCGGCACUACGGGAACUACACGUGUCGCGCCGCCAACCGGCUCGGAGCGUCCAGCGCCUCGAUGCGGCUCCUGCGUCCAGGAUCCCUGGAGAACUCAGCCCCAAGGCCCCCGGGGCCUCUGACCCUCCUCUCCGCCCUGGGCUGGCUGUGGUGGAGAAUGUAGGCAGCUCGCCUCCCCUGCAGGGGGCCUCAGGCCAAGAGCAAAAGAAAAAGGGGAGCAAGUGCUAUGGGUCUUGAGGGGGCAGAAGAGCUCUCGGCCACCAAGGAAGAAGAGAGGAAGAGGAGGAGGAGGAGGAGGAAGAAAGAUCUUUAGAGAACCCAUCACUGUGAGGGAUAACGCAAAAUUAUGCAUCUUUCUACAGCCAUUCUCGCCACCCGUUCACGUUUCCGAUUGUGACCCACCCCCGGCCACCCCACACCCCUCUCUUAGCUCAGGCUGUCAACAGGCUCGUGUGGGUGUGGGUGUGUGUGAGUGUUAGCCCGCGUGUGUGUGUGUGUGGUUGGGUGGGUGGGUGGGUGGGCUGGGGGAGGGGACUUAGCAGUCCUCCAUCCCCUGACACCCCCAUGUUCAUGUCCCCAUCCCUGCUGCCUCUCACCUCUAGCUUGGGGUAGGUAUGGAGGCUUUGCACUGGAAGGUGUGAAGAGGUUUUCCAGGAUCCCUGAUUUCCCGAUAUAUGCAUGCCGACCCCCUCCCCUCCCUGUCCAAAGGGUGUGUCCUGGGGAGUGGGAGUGGGGAGGGGUAUCUCACUCACCUGUCAAGCUGUCAUUCAGCCUUGUGAACAGGUGGGGGAUCUCCAUCUGUGCUCCCAGCAUCCCUGCAGUCAACCACCAGCUGCCUGUAGCCAGAGGCCCCAUCACUGGCUCAGUGGCCUGAGACCGCCCCACUAUCCCUGUCCCUCCCUACCCUGGACUUUCUGGCCCCAUCCUGGGCCAUUCGGUGCUUCCAUUCAACUGUCAGGCUGGUGACAGUAGUCACCUGUCUGUCUCAGUGCUUUGCCCUACCCCCGCCACCACUCCCCUUAGCCACCUACAGCACCAACCAGCUGCACUAGGGGACCCUACAGCUGGCCCACAGGUUUGGCUUACUCUUCUACUACUCCCUGGCCUUUCCACCAACUGGACCUCCCAAAGGCUGACCUGGCUGCCCUCACACCCAUUCAGACACACUCACAC